UAAAAACCUGGAAAUAACUGAAUAUUUUUAUCAUUUAAGAAAGAAUGGGUGGUUCAACGACCAGUUUUAUCAGCGGAAGAAACAAACCAUUUCCUGAGGAAAAAUUUUUGAGUUACAUUCAAAUAUUCUAAAUAUUAUGGCGAACGAAUGACGAUCGAGAAGCGCCUUCUAGUGUCGAGUAUACGAAUUAGUAGAUCAUGGCCGAUUGUAAACAUUGGAGGUUGAUCGAUUUCGCUGGAAAUUGACGAAUUUUUAGUUUAUUUCACGUGUUUAAUUUAAAGAAUGUUAAAAUUUGCUGAUAAAUUAACGAUUAUUUAUUUUAUAUUUUAGUUAAAGUAAGUAGAAACAAUCUUUUUAUAUAAAAAUUGUUAAGUGAUUGAAUUAAAAUGCCAAAUCAAACUUUUAUUUGGAAUUGUUUAGCAAUUUUGACACAGGAAUUACUUUUGAUUUGCUAAUAAUUGAACAGGAUGUCAGACGUUAAACAUUACUUGAGAAAGUUGGAUUUUCCUGUUGUAACGACAGAAGCACUUCAUCAGUUACAGAAAAUGAUAUACGAAUCCGCUGGGCAACAGUUAAUUAGAGACAUUUCUGAAGAGUUUAUCUUCUUUGAAUCGGACCGAAGAGGUGCAAGAAGACAGAAAUUGACACCGGUUAAGGAGCUGCAAGUUCUCGAAAGAAUCUGCAGCUACUUCAACGGGCACCAGAACGACCAGAAUAAGAAAACUUUGUUUCUCUACCUCUUCCCGCCGGGUUCCAAGCUGUUGGAGAAGAGAUUGCAGAUUUUGGUACGUCUGGUGUCCAUGGCCAUCUCCAUUGGCAACGGGAGCGUGUUGGCCUGCAUCGGCGUGCUGAUGCAGCAUGUGGGAUGUUCUGCGGAACCUUCCCUGUCCGUGGCCAGGACGGUGGUGAAGGACUAUUUCGGAAUGAUGCCGUCUUGGUCUUCCAACGGCACGCUGAAAAAUUUAUCCUGCGUGGCCCCGUUGUUUUGCGCCAGUCUGACCACGGCGGUGACCCACCUGUACUUUUCUCCGCCCCGCGACAUACUGGAGACUAUACUCGACUGGAUCGUCACCUCUCCGACCGUCUGUUUCAUUCCGUUAAAUCUACCCUCCAAUUACAACUUCAGGCCGCAGACUCCCCUCGUCGGGAUUCUGCAGUGGUGCGUCCUGGAGUCGGUUUCCGAAAAUUCGACUCUCCCGUCCGACGGGAAGGACAAACAGCAGAAGGCCAACAUAUUUUCUAAUUUGCAUCUGGCGGUCCUUCAGAGUAUGAUCAAGAUCUCGCAGACGAAGUCCAACCUCGUUUACGAAGUGAUAUCUCCGGCCAACGUCGUCCACAUUUUAGAAAAACUCGGAGAGAAACUUCAAAACGACGCUUUGCCGUCUCACAGAGUGGAAAUCGCCCUGGACAGAUUCGCCCAGGCCCUACAACUGGCUCUGUCGACGCAGUGCUUACAGACUUCUCAAAUCAAAUCAAACAGACUGUUUGAAAAACUGAAAGAAUUGCCUCACAAUAGGUUGCUUCAUAUUGUAAUUAAAAAAUGGAGUAGUAUAUUGAAAGAUUAAUUUUUAUAAUCUGUACAAACGUUCGAUAUAUACAAAUAAAAUAAAUGUAUUAUAAA